AUGACACAGUUUUCUGAUCUCCCAUUCGAGUUACGCUCGACAAUCUGGAUGUUGACUAUCGAGCUGCGAACCGUCGAGAUUCGCUUCGAGAUUCGCUUCGAGAUCGGCAGAGUUCUCUUUGGCAAAAAGCGCCACGCCACACGCCUUGGUAUUCUGUAUGGUUCCUCACCCACGCUGGUGCCGGCUGCGCUUCAUACCUGCUACGAAGCCCGUAGUCUCCUCGCACAGCAUUACGAGCGAGCCUUUACGCAUGGAACUGAGCCUCGCUAUGUCUGGGUCAACUUCGACAUGGAUAUAGUUUCUAUCCGCAGAUCCAGCUUUGUCUGGACCGGACCAGAAGCGCCACGCAUUCGUCGGCUAAAGUUUGCGCGUGAGUGUGACGAAUACUAUUUCCACGAAGAGAAUUUGGAGCUGGCCAUGUUUUGCAAUGUACAAGAAAUCUACGUUGUCUGUGCCGAUGGGCCAGAGGCUUGGUAUCACGCUGAAGAUUCCCUCUACUGGCCGUGUCCGAGAGAAAAUGUGUGGCUCAUCAAUACAAAGACGAAUAAUACGGUGACUGUGGCCGAGAAUCAUAGGAGAGGUGAGAGAUAA